CCGCCGCAUGAGAAGGUGGUUUGUUGAUGAACCGUGUGGUAAACAAGCGGUUUGUAUUUUCAGUACAAACUGCACCUUCCAGGGGCGAUUCUAUGGCUGAUCUAGAUAAGGACAGUUUUUUAACACGACGGUUCUUGAUCGAUAUCCAAAUAGACGAGGCGGGUCGUUGACCACUCAGGCGGAAGUAGAUGCCAUUUUUAAAUUUGUGAUCGCCAAUAACCAAUCCAAAGUAGAGAUGUUUGUUUACACCGAGUCGGUCGAAGGCUAUGGAGGUCAUUCUGGAGAUGGCCAAACAUCUGAUGUCCACGGUGGAGGUGGAUUAUAUGAAGAUUAUGCCUACCAAGUUUACCAUGAUCCUCAUUCCUACCAUUAGUACCAAUAAGAAGGUGGAGGUCAUCAUCAAUCAUUCUCGUCAUAUGAAGAAGAAGCCCAACGACACCAUUGACAAUCAACAAAAAGGCUACCGGUACCAACCCGAGUACAAUUUCCAUGCAGGCAGCGGUAGUUAUUACAACUAUCAUUACAAAACUGAUGAAGGUGCCUUUCAUGUUUGGAUCAGAUGGAAGAUGCCCUGCCAGGUCUAGUUAGUGACCUUGAGGAUGAAGAAGAGGAAGACGAUGUUAGUGCAUACAGCUUCAACCCUCUUGAAGGUACUAAUGAUUCAGGCCUAGAUUCAGAUGAUGAUGAUGAUGAUGAGGUGUCUCGUGACCGUGUACUUAUCACGUACUACAAUUACAUUCCAAAUGAAAAUUGGUAUGUUGAUGCUGACAUGGAGCCGCCAGAGGUGCCAGUAUGGGGUCCACUCACUUGGUUUACAAAGGGCCAACAAUUUGAUAUGAAGAAGGAGGUGCGUCACGCUGUUGACACUGAAGCAAUGAUUCAAAGAUUUGAAUGGCGCACAACUCAUUCUGAUCCAAAGAGGCUCAUAGUUAGAUGCCAAAAUCAACACAAGGGAUGCAAGGCUAGGGACCGGGCCAUCAAGAGUAAGAGAGUCGGUCAUUGGGUCAUAUCCCCUGCGGUGAACAAUCACAUGUUUGUCAUCAAUAACAUCCCAAGGUCAUCGACAAUUGAAAUCUAGGGUGGUUGUCGUGGCUAUCAAGUAUCUAAUUGAGCAAUAGUCCGACUUGAAGGUGAAAGUCAUCAUCGCCGACAUUUCUAGUUGUUAUGGAUAUAUUAUUAACUAUAAGAAGGCGUGACAUGGAAAUUGUGACAAUACAACUUUAUUUUCUUGUUUUGGCAUUGCAGAUGACUGAAUAUUUACUAUUUAGAUAUUCUAUACCAUCAUGGUGGAGUCAUGGACUUCUCGGGUUUGGAACCACAAUAUGUUGGUGGUUUUUUAGAGAAGAUAUCGAUGGAUAUUGAUGAAGCGUCGUACUUCGAAUUAGUUUGAAGUGUCAACUAACGGUCAAACGAACGGAAAGUUGACGAUUUGGAUAUUAGAUUGUUUUCGAAAAUGUUUGGCUAUUAUAUUGUUUAAAAUGAAAUGUUUGGAUAUUAAAUUGUAUUUACCCUAAAAUAAGAGCAUACCAUAUGGUAUGAAAGCAUAUUAUGCUGAUAUGAACAUAUCAAAACUGUAGGAUGGUUGAAUACAUGAUAGUAGUAAUAUACUAACUGUCAUUUACGACUUUCAACAUUGUGUACCACAAUAUACCACCUCCUAUACAAGAGUUGUAUUGUAUGGUAUUUUUGAUCUUUUAUUUUGUUCACCCAUAAAUUUGUAGAUCCAAUAGAUCAUGAUAAACUCGUUCUUUUUGUGCAAAAAUUUUCAAAAAUGACUUAAAAAUAAAGGAGAUAGCAUACAGUAUGUAGUUGGUAAAGAGAUGUAUGAAAAAAUUUUCUAAAAAAUAAGAUAGAAGAAGAUAAGAAUCGAUUAAGAAAAUUAGAAAAAAUAAAAUAUUUUUAAUUCUCCACCUUUAUAUUUGAGUUUUCUGGACCCACUUAAAAAAGAAGGUCCAGAUUUAGUUAUCCAAAUGUUGCAUUAACCCAUAACCCUAACUUGAGCCGCAGUAGCCUGAGCGCCUAGCUCUACUUGAACUUUUUUUGGUAAUUAAUAGAAAAUUUAAUAGAACCAUAAAAGUUGUUAAGAUAGGAAUACAAUCACAUAUUGCAUCGAUCAAGUCCUUCGCUGCUGCUCCCCAUCUCACCCAAUUGAACUCCUAGUUCUCCAAUCAGUGCGAUUUUGACACCACCCUGUCGUAUCUUCUCUUGGUUUGGUGAUGUUUUACCCUAUUUGCAAUAAAGAUUUAUGAUGGGUCAUUUCGAAUCUUGUUUGUUAUGGUUUGCAAUUUGUCUAGACGAGAUUGUGGUAAAAACAUGGGAAGAAGGGGCGUCAUUUGCCGCUUGGGCAUUUUUUUGCCUCUUUUAUUCAUUCCGGUUUCUCUUUCACAUUUAUUUCCUCAAACCCAUUGGAUUUUGCUUUGUAUUCGGUUCUGGCUUGCUUUUUUGUAGGGGUGGGGAAACAGUUGCUGUUAAAUUGCAACCGCACCGAAUAAGAGCAGUUUAUGGUU